CGGGGCGGCGGGGAGAUGCCCACGCAGCGGGACAGCAGCAGCAUGUCCCACCCGGGCCCGGGCGGCGGCGGGGGAGGGGGCGGCGGCGGCGGGGACCACGCGCACCAGGUCCGAGUGAAAGCCUACUACAAAGGGGACAUCAUGAUAACACACUUUGAACCAUCAAUUUCCUUUGAGGGACUCUGCAGUGAGGUUCGAGACAUGUGUUCCUUUGAUAACGAACAGCUGUUCACCAUGAAAUGGAUAGAUGAGGAAGGAGACCCGUGCACAGUUUCGUCACAGCUGGAGUUAGAGGAAGCCUUUAGGCUCUAUGAACUCAACAAGGAUUCAGAGCUCUUAAUUCAUGUAUUUCCGUGUGUACCAGAAAGGCCUGGAAUGCCGUGUCCUGGAGAAGAUAAGUCCAUCUACCGUCGAGGCGCACGCCGCUGGAGGAAGCUCUAUUGUGCCAAUGGUCACACUUUCCAAGCUAAGCGGUUCAACAGGCGAGCGCACUGCGCGAUCUGCACCGACCGGAUCUGGGGCCUCGGGCGUCAGGGCUACAAGUGUAUCAACUGUAAGCUGCUCGUCCACAAGAAGUGCCACAAGCUUGUGACCAUUGAGUGUGGGCGCCACUCGCUGCCCCCGGAGCCGCUGAUGCCUAUGGACCAAACCUCUGUGCAUUCAGACAACGUAGAGACAGUGAUUCCAUAUAACCCUUCAAGUCAUGAGAGUUUGGACCAUGUUGGUGAAGAAAAGGAGGCAAUGAGUACUAGGGACAGUGGCAAAGCUUCGUCUAGUCUGGGUCUCCUGGAUUUCGAUUUGCUCCGUGUAAUAGGAAGGGGGAGCUAUGCCAAAGUGCUGUUGGUGCGACUGAAAAAAACUGAGCGCAUUUAUGCCAUGAAGGUCGUGAAGAAGGAGCUGGUCAAUGAUGACGAGGACAUCGAUUGGGUGCAGACAGAGAAGCACGUCUUUGAGCAGGCAUCCAACCAUCCCUUCCUCGUUGGCCUGCACUCUUGCUUCCAGACGGAAAGCAGGCUAUUCUUUGUGAUAGAGUAUGUAAAUGGAGGAGAUCUCAUGUUUCAUAUGCAGCGACAGAGGAAGCUCCCAGAAGAACAUGCUAGAUUUUAUUCUGCAGAAAUAAGUCUAGCACUCAAUUACCUUCAUGAACGAGGGAUAAUCUAUCGAGACCUGAAGCUGGACAAUGUGUUGCUGGAUUCUGAAGGACACAUUAAGCUCACUGACUAUGGCAUGUGUAAGGAAGGAUUAAGGCCAGGAGACACAACGAGUACUUUCUGUGGCACUCCAAAUUACAUUGCUCCUGAAAUUUUAAGAGGAGAAGAUUAUGGUUUCAGUGUGGACUGGUGGGCGCUUGGCGUGCUGAUGUUUGAGAUGAUGGCAGGAAGAUCUCCCUUUGAUAUUGUUGGGAGCUCUGAUAACCCUGAUCAGAACACAGAGGAUUAUCUCUUUCAAGUUAUUUUGGAAAAGCAAAUUCGAAUACCCCGCUCCCUCUCUGUCAAAGCUGCGAGUGUUCUGAAGAGUUUUCUCAAUAAAGACCCAAAGGAACGCUUAGGCUGUCAUCCUCAGACAGGCUUCGCUGACAUUCAGGGACAUCCGUUCUUCCGAAAUGUUGAUUGGGAUAUGAUGGAACAAAAGCAGGUGGUACCUCCCUUCAAGCCAAAUAUUUCGGGGGAAUUUGGUUUGGACAACUUUGAUUCUCAGUUCACUAAUGAACCUGUGCAGCUCACUCCAGAUGAUGAUGACAUUGUGAAGAAGAUUGACCAGUCUGAAUUUGAAGGCUUCGAGUAUAUCAAUCCCCUCUUAAUGUCUGCAGAAGAGUGUUCUGAUUGUGAAGAAGAUUGA